AUGUCCUCAUAUUACGAUGAUAGAGACGACAGAAGGUCUGACCGCCGUCGUGAUAAAGAUAGAGGAGGCGGAAGAGAUCGGCGCGAUCGCGAUGACGGGUCUGUCUAUGAAGAGGAAGAGAUCAUCGAAGCUCGCAGAAGACCAGCAAAAGGUGAUCGAAGUGACGACAGAGGUGAUCCCAGAGGUGCUCCCAGAGGUGGGGAGUUAGUCCGUCGACGUCGUGAUGAUUCUUCUUCCGCUGAAGAAGUUGAACGGGAUUUUCCACCCGGAGGUGGAGCCUAUGUUCGACGACGCAAAGAAAAGGAUCGUGGCCCACCGCGGCGUGCCAAGUCACACGGCGGAGGUAGAUAUGACAAUGAUUCUUAUGAUGAUCGUCCUCGAAAGCAGGAUAAGAGACGAGAUCGACGUAGGGACUAUUCAUCGUCCAGUUUCUCAAGCUCGCCUGAACCCCGACGAAAACCAGAACGCCGAAAAUCUUUGGGAGAACAAGCGCUCGCAGCCCUCGGUAUAGGCGCUGCCGCAGGCGCUGCCUCAGAAAAACAUGGCCGAGAUCGGAACCGAGACCGGAGUCGAAGUCGAGGUGGCCGUCGUCGCCGUGAUGAUUCCUAUAGUUCAGACUCUCGCUCGCGUUCCCGCGGUGGUCGUAGCCGUGGCGGCGGGGAUCAGAAAGAACAGCUGAUGAAAGCCGCAAGAGCUGCAUUGACCGCUGGUGCUGUAGAGGCUUUCCGCAGUCGCAAAGAGCCAGGAGGUUGGGCAGGGCCAAAGGGAAGACGUGUGUUGACUGCUGCUGUUGGUGCUGGAGGUAUCGAUGGACUGCUCAAUAGCGGCAAGAAGGACGGACAAGGAGGUGGCGCUCUGGACGGUCUCCAGGCUGUCAUAGGCGGUCUGGCCGGUAAUAGGCUGAUCAACGGUUCUCGUGACAAGGACGGGUCCCGAUCUCGUUCUCGAUCGCGCGGUGGGCGAGGUGAUGACAGGGGAGGAGGAAGCGGCGGUCUUGCUGCGCUAGGUGCUGGAGGAUUAGCUGCCGCAGCUGGGAAGAUGUUCAUGGACAGAAACAAAUCGACUGAUAGAGGAGGAGGAGGAGGUCGUCGAUACAGCUCUGAUGACGGUGAUCGUCGUGGAGGUCGAGGAAAGCGUAGCAAAAGUGUAAGCGACUAUGCGAGGCAAGGUAUGGCAGCAAUUGGGAUAGGUGACAAAGGCGGAGAUAGCCGUGGCUCUCGUCGUGGCUAUGAUGACGAUUCCCCACCUCGGGGUUACCAAUCACGACCUCGUGGCGGCGGUGGCGAGGGCGGUGACGGUAUCAAGUCAUCGCCAGAGAGCGAAAGCAGCUCCGAGGACGAUUCAUCGUCCUCAGAAGAUGAGAAAGAACGAAAGAAGAUGGGUCACAAGCAACUCAUUACCGCCGGCCUAGCUUCUGUCGCUACCAUUCAUGCUGCCCAGAGCGUCUACAAGAGCAUCGAAGGUCGCCAGGAGCGUCGGAAGGAAGUUGCUAAGGGAGAGAUGUCGCCUCAAGAGGCUCGCAGGAGAAAGAACAAAGGGAGACUGCAGGAUGCUGCAGCCAUUGGCGUUGCAGCACUCGGUAUUAAGGGCGCCUACAGUGAGUGGAAGGAAAUGAAAGAGCAGAGAGAUGAAGCGCAUGAAUUCGAUUUGAAGAGGGCAGAGCGACAUGCAAGGAGGGAGCAAAGAGCGUUGGAUGACAAGAAAUAUGGAGUGACGCAUGUGCACGGUCAUCACGAUGAAUACAAUACGUCGACGCCGAACCUACACUCGCAGGCGACUCCUGCCUAUCCGCAGAGUCCAUAUUCACCUGGACCUGCGUCUGACUACGCCGCUGGAGCCGGGUAUUACGGGGAGCCUAAUGGACCGCAUUAUUCAGACGGGAAUCCGUAUGCGAGUGGGGCGCUACCUCCGCCACCUAUGGGGCCGCAGCCGGGAGGCCGUUAG